AUGGCUAAUAGCCCCUCUAGUGUGCCUCGGGCGCUUUAUAAGAGGUUGUUUGAUACACUUCAAAAAAGCGCAGCAACUCCUCAAUGCGUGGCUGGUAGAGGAAUUUCGUCUAAGAAACGGGAUAUUGGAACAUCACAUCCUGGAGCAUGCCAGUCUCCACUAUCACUUCCUAGCCCACUGCAGUCAACUUCAUAUCAUUUUACAGGUAAAUUGUUGUCGUUCAACAAAGCUAGAGUCCCUCCAGAGUUUUUGUUUUUCCCGAUGGCCGAUCCUCUUAAUGAUGUACUGUACCAGCGAAUGUUUCGCGUUUUUUCGUAUUUUGCCGAUGCGACAUCAACCGGUACACUGCACCCGACCCAGGCAUCAUUUAUACUCGACGAAUUAUUACGCGAAGCUGGCCGGCCAUCCACAUCGAGAGGAAACUCAUUUAGUCACGAUUCGGUGACAUUUCGAGAAUUGUUGAAUCUGAUCGAAGUGCAGUUUACGGAUCGUAAAGAACUUGAACCAGCUGUUGAACGAGUUUUCGAACGAAUCGUAGGGCAAGUGAUUAGGAAGGGUUUCGUUCUGUUCCGAUGUCGUGGCGGAGGUCGCAGCUGUAUUCCGAAGAUGCAGCGGAAUAAAUGGCGAUCAGGAUGGUGUAGUAUCAGCCCGGGUGUGAUCUACCUUUGGCCACUCGAUAAACAGAUCAACUCGGACAAUCGGGUCACAGCACCUCUCGAUGCCGAGACUAGAGUUUCUGAUAGCGCAAUUGAAGGUGAUCGAUUUAUUUGGGAUGUACAAAUUGGAAAACGGGUCAUAGAAUUUGCACAUUUUGACCCGCUCAUUAGCAGAGGUUUUGUGACAGAUAUUCGCCUAGCCAUCGAGCGACCCACUCGAUCAGCUUUGCAAGAUUUUGAUCAUAAACGAUCGCUUCGACAUGAAGGUAGGCGUUACGAUCGAGAGAUCUCGGAGCGGCAACAGCUGGAGACUGAAAAGCGCAGGUUAGAGUUCGAACUGGAGCAGGAGCGAUUGGCACUGAAAGACGAGGAGAUCGUGCGAGGGCUAGCGACAAGAAUGUUGGAGGAAGAGAAGCAGAAAAGUGAACACAUGGAGCGAGUCUUGGCCGAGCUGCAGCACAAACUCGGACAGCGCCUGGACACGGUGCUGGAGGGGGACACUCCCGAACUCGAGCAGCAGGAACUCGUUUACGAAGAAUCCGCUGCUGCUGUGGAGAACGGGGAAAACGGAGAAAAUGGUGGCGGUUCCCAUGGUCAAGAAGAAGAAGACGAGGAAAUCUGGAAAAAAGACGAUUUCCUUAUGAUUUCGACCCAAUCAAUUUGAUAAUUCUAAUCCAACAUGUACGCUCCGUCUCAUUUGGAGUGAGUGCGAGUCGAGCGGUUGGUGUGUCGCGCUGCUGCUUUGCAUGGGGCUUGCACCGCGUUAGCGAACGUAUCUCUGACUAUUUUCCUGUGCCUAGUUAGAUUGAAGCUUGGUUCUGAGCCUUCUCCCACGCUCAACCGCGUUGCGAAUGCGGCGCAAGGGUCCAGGCGAGACGACCGCGCGGCAUUCAAGCCCCUUGCGUCGGGCUCACUUUAAAUGAGACAAAGGGCUGUGUGUGCCAGUUAAGUGCCAAUGCUAUGUGAACCGGUGGGCAUUCGAGCAUAUUUUCGCUAAAAAAUUGCACUUGCUUUGUCUUUGUUUUUCUUGCAAUAUUCUGGUCAUAUUUUUUCUAGCCUGGUAUAGAGUGCCAAGAUUGUUGAUGCCAUUUUUUGAUUUGUAAUAGCUUUGAAAGCAGCGUAGUCAAAUAGCAGAUGAGAAAACCACACUGGUUUUUUGACGCUUUUUCUUUUUUGCAUGUUUUUUCGGUUUUAAACGCGAGAAUGACUGAUGAUUUGUGGGAUGUCUAUU